AUGGCAAUCAAAGAGAGACUUUAUCUUCUCUAGACAGUGGGUUCGUGGGCAAGAUGGAACAUAUACAAUCUUACAGUUUCCAGCAGUGCAUAAGAAGCGGCCUCCCAAGUCCGGAUAUCGACGGACAGAUAUAACUCCAUCCACUUGGGAAAUCAGAAACUUGAAAAAGCGAUCAGAUGCAGAACCUCCAAGUUGUCUUGUAACACACAUGCUAGAAAUCCACUCUAAACGUUGGUGCAAAUGGAAGAGAACUAGCUACUCAAAGUUUGAGAAGACAAUUCCGUAUGCAUUACUCCUUCAAGUAGCAGGUCUGAAAGAGUACAUUGGAGCAAACCCGGCCUUCAAGUAUGAAGCCUCCUCUAGUGUUGUACAGUCCAAGUUAUCAGAUAUUCCGAGUGGUGAAUAUGUAGAUGAGGAAAUAGAGGAGCAGUUUUAUGAUGCCACAGACUCAUCAUCUGAUGAGGAGGAAAGCGAUGAAGAUGAUGAUGAUCAGGACCAGGACAAAAAGGAGAUAAAAGUCAAACUCAAGAAUGUUUCAUGGGCAAUCGCCAGCCUAUCUUUGAAGCAGCCUAAAGCUCCAGGCGCAAGUAAUGUAUUAGACACUAGUGUUGAUCCUGUGAAUAUCGAUCCAAGUCAGAUCCAAGGAUCCCUGCGCAAAGGAGAUGGCGAUAAGGACUCAAAUUGCUGGAAUUCUCCUAGUGGCAUGGGGUUUAUGAUCAGGGGAAAAACCUACCUGAAAGAUAAUGCAAAGGUGAUGGGUGGGCAGCCCCUUCUGACACUUGUAUCAGUGGAUUGGCUUAAAGUUGAUAAAGCUGUAGACAACAUCGCUCUGCAUCCGAAAUGUCUUGUCCAGUCAGAACCGGGGAAAAAGCUGCCGUUCAUCCUAGUCGUAAAUCUUCAGGUGCCAGCAAAGCCUAACUAUUGUUUGGUCAUGUACUAUGCUGCGGAUCGACCUGUAAGCGAGUCUUCCUCGCUGGGAAAAUUUGUAAAUGGGAGUGACAGUUACCGCGACUCAAGAUUUAAGCUGAUUCCAAGUAUUGUUCAGGGAUAUUGGAUGGUCAAGCGGGCUGUUGGAACAAAAGCCUGCUUGCUUGGUAAAGCUGUAACCUGCAAGUACCUGAGGAAGGAUAACUUUCUGGAGAUUGAUGUAGAUAUUGGAUCAUCGGCUGUUGCCCGGAGCGUUAUUGGUCUGGUACUUGGUUAUGUCACAAGCCUCAUUGUUGAUCUAGCCAUCUUGAUUGAGGGAAAAGAGGAAACAGAGUUGCCAGAGUAUAUUCUUGGGACGGUUAGGCUUAACCGAAUAGAGCUGGACUCGGCCAUUUCUUUUGAGGAAUGAAGAACAGCCAAUGGCUAUUAAAACAUGUGUCUUAUGGAUCACUACUACCCUUUGGCGAAAUAUAGACAAACAACGACAAAGGGGAUAACAAAAGAUACUUAAGAUUUUUGUUUCUUUUAAACUUGUGGAUUGGAUCAGCAAAAUUGAAUUCAGGGAAUAUCAAGCACUUUGACUCUUUAUUAAACCUUCGGAAUAAUUCAAACGGGUAUUUUGAAAAAUACCCUAUGUAAGUUCAUUAGAUUUGGAAAAUAUCCUAUGUUUAUUUUCUUUUAAAAAACCUAGCCCUUUCUUAAUUAAAAAUACAUAAAGUUUACAUAUUA